AUGGAGAGCGCCAAAGAGGAGGCUGGCAACCUGGCACUGGAGGAUGCCCCUCCGGAGGCUGGGAUCGUGGCAGUGAUCUCUCAGGAGAUGGUGCCGCGAGGGCCUCCAACUACGUACGGACCUCACCGGAGGGAGGAAUCCAGGAAGAAGGAUGGAAAAGGGGUUGGGGGGCAUCCGGCUCCCUUGGUAAACCCUUUCUGGUCGCAGACGAUGAAGGAUGAGGCUAUGCUGAGAGCCAUGCGACCAUCUUCCCUGCCCCAGGGUUCGGCACCAUCGAUGAGCGAGGCAGCCACCGAGGACCCGAUUGGAAUGGACCUCAAAGACGUGAUGAAAGCCGUCAUGGCACAGAAUUCGAUGCUCAAAAGGGAGCUGGCCGACCUGAAGAAGAAGGUUGAGGACUCCAACAAGGAGAAGGACCGGGGUUUCAAGGAGGUCCGCCACCUGCUACUCCGGAGGAGGAGAAGAGAACGGGAACAGCUGCCCUUGGAGCAAUUCCAGAGUUUCCUGGAAGGGGAUAUGGGGGACUACAUGAACCUGUCCAUCGACCUUCGGGAGAUUUUCAUCAAGCUGGACGGGGACCCCCUCCAGUACCUGAGUCGUGGCUUGGAGCUCUUCAGGCAGGCGGCCAUGGAGGGCGAGACCAUGAGAAGGAAGAGUUUGAGACUCCACACCAUGGAACCCCAGGAGGGCUUGGACCUGGUCGUGGAGGACUACCGGAUUGCGCGGUGA